UGCAUCGGCUAUGAAGUGGUUGUAGAUAAAACCAGAUAUUACAAUCAUUAGUGCCCAAAGCGGUGUAGAGAUAGCGUAGGUUGCACGCAGACGUGGAUAGAUCCAAGAUUUGCAUCGGCUAUGAAGUGGUUGUAGAUAAAACCAGAUAUUACAUUCAUUAGUGCGUGAAAACUUUCAGGCUUCCGGUUGUGAAAAAUUCUUGGACUAUAAGAAUGUACAGGUAUUCCAUUUUCAUUCCAGAGCACAGGACGAGACCCAAGAGCUUCCGCUCAUCGAGAUCCCACUCUUCUUACAUCAUUUCAGUCAUUCAACCUAACCGAUACAGUGAGACGCAGAGCUGACGCCUCGCUCUGUCAGUUAGCAGCUCAGGUGGAAUCAAUCGUCUUCGCCAUGAACGGGUCGGCAUUUCCACAUGGCUCAGGGUUCUCCCAAAACAUUUGCAUCGGCUAUGAAGUGGUUGUAGAUAAAACCAGAUAUUACAAUCAUUAGUGCGUGAAAACUUUCAGGCUUCCGGUUGUGAAAAAUUCUUGGACUAUAAGAAUGUACAGGUAUUCCAUUUUCAUUCCAGAGCACAGGACGAGACCCAAGAUCUUCCGCUCAUCGAGAUCCCACUCUUCUUACAUCAUUUCAGUCAUUCAACCCAACCGAUACAGUGAGACGCAGAGCUGACGCCUCGCUCUGUCAGUUAGCAGCUCAGGUGGAAUCAAUCGUCUUCGCCAUGAACGGGUCGGCAUUUCCACAUGGCUCAGGGUUCUCCCAAAAGCUUGACAUUGUGGGCGUGACCAGAGGAGAUUCAAAGUUCAACGUCCUUCGCAUGGCCGUUCCGGGCAAGAGAAACGCUCCAUGGGUUUGGGGUUUAGCCUCCAACCACGAGAGAAGUUUCAGAUUAUUCAAGUGCCUGCCGAUGGAUGGAGGGAGGAGCUGCAACUCCUCUACAUCAAGAAGGUGAUGGUGUUGUAGAUGCAGAUGCACGUGAAGCACAGUUACCUGCGGAUAUUGGGCUUCAAGCCACGUUGGUGUUGCUCGAGGAAAUCAAGCAGGGUGGCGUUGUGGAUUAUUCGCAUCAAGUGCUGAGAAUUUGUUCCAGUAAGCAUUCCAUCCCUCUGAAGUUGCAGCCAUUGUUUCUAGAAGCUAACCGAUUUCGCUUUACUCCCGAGCUACUUCAGUGCAUCGAUUUCAGUGGGAUGGCAGCUGAUUAACAGUUCUCGAAGUUUAUUAUACGUACUCCGAUUGCUCCGUCGAUAAAUCUUAAUUCUAUAAAAGAAGAUGAGUCACACUCCAUUUUUCGUAUAUGACCGAGGUGCCGUUGUCAAUAUAUUCAAGCUGCCCUUGAAAACAGCUAUUCAGCGGGGGCAUUCUUCUCAGAACCACAACCUUUUCACGUUUGGCUUUCGCUCUUGCUGACUUCAGAAGUCGCUUCUCCUCGGAUGCCCUUGGCUUCUACAUCAUCGUCUGCUAUUUUCAAGUCAAGACGGAAGGUAGAAGCGAGAGUUAGGAGGAGCUGGCUUCAUAAUCUCAGAAACCCAUUUUACAGCUGAGAACUAGUCGCACAGUGAAUCUCCGGCAGCUCUGUUGGACCAGUUUGGAGUUUAUGAUGUCGGAUGUUGCAUCAAAACAAAACCCUUGGGUUCCCACAGCUGGCUCCCAGUAAGUAGGGACAAUGCCAUGUCUUUAACAACAUAAGCAGACUGUGGUAACAAAUUCCUCUCCAACCGAACACUUUACGAAAUUUGCUACAUAUCCUAAGCCAUAGUGUAUCCAUAAUACAUCCGCCAUCGCUAAAACGUCGUCUCAUCCUCCCGUUCCGCCUGUUUUCUCUCCCGGGUUUGGCUGGCAUCCAGAUCCCCAACAGUGGUUGAUUAUGCUCUCUCUACGAUUCGGAAGGUUUGGACAUCCUGUUUAGAAUGUCUCCCAGCCUUUUCCUCCUCCUCCUCCCAAUGCUGCUGCUGCCUCCUCGAGCCUCCAGGCCCCGGUGACUCAUCUUCUAGAGCACCUCCAUCAUCCGACCCAUUCCUAAUCUCGAGAAGGACCUCCAUCGAAGGCUCAGAGGUUCCUGUACUUUGCACGUCCACACAGCUGAUUCUUGACAGAUGUAAAGAACUUGUGUAGCUGUCCACCUUAUACUGCUUGAGAAUAGUUCGGUUCCCAGAAUUGAAAGUAGUAUGAUUUGGCCAUGAAUACAUUCACAAAUCGUAUUCUCUAGGUUCCAACUCCAUGCCAUACAACUUACUUACAACUAAAUUUUCAUUCCACUUGAAAACAAUGAUCAUCAGAAUUGCUUUCACACUGCUUCAUUAUAGUCUUCGAUUUGUAUGUACUUAGGUCUCAGCUCUAGCCUCAAACCUGUUGGUAAUUCUUCCUGUGAUGUAUCAGCCGUCAUAGACGGUCAAUUCCCUGAAGGAGUGUUACAGAACAAAUGCAAAUUCGAGUGCAAGGUGGGACGAAGCUGCAAAAUCUUGAGGACAAUUACAGAAACGAUAGACUGCUUGGUCGAUUGUUCAGUAUGAUGUCCCUUAAACGCAUAGUUUCUAGUGAAGAUUCUUCAGAGAGAUGUCAAAGCUAUGACUCUUGCCACUCUUGGAGUUUCAUACACCUGAUGACGAUGGAUCUUUUCCUGUCAUGACUCGGAAGAGGAAGAGAAUAUUAGGAUUCUCCUACCGACGUGAUGUCCAUGCUCGUGAUCAGCCGGAGGCAAUCUAUAAUGGUGAACCUAUAUGGGAGUUUCGGGGGGCCGGGGCGGGCUUGGGUAGAGCAGGGAUGGUAGGUCUGUGAAGAUAAAUUCUCGUCAUUCGAUUGAUCUCGGCAGUUGCUCUCGGUCCUGUCACGAGAGCUCCUCUGGUAGUGAAGGUUUGAUUGGACUUUCUGAAACAAGAUAUCGUAAGUUUGCUGUUUUUGAGAAAGUGCGGUUGCAGCGAUAUCCGAUGCAAAAGUCCAUAAAUAUCACGGAGAGGCUGCAGCACUGUUAUCCAUCUUGGUCUGAUCAGUCAUCGUGUGUUUUGCACAUCUCUGGUCAUUUUCGGGCAGUUUUUCAGGACAAAUUCAAGGCUGUGUCAGGACCCAUGUGACGUUGACAAAGGAAGGCUUGUGGUAGCUGUAAUAAGUUCAUCUCUGUUUUCAUGCUCUGCACUGAAGCUUGGCUCUUCUUCGUGCGGAGCAAUGGUUGAUAGAAGUAGACAACAUCAAAUUUUGCACUCAUCAGUCUGAACGAUCAGAUACAAGAGCAUAUUCUAAUGAUACAAGAGCAUAUUCUAAUGAUACAAGAGCAGAGCAUAUUCUAAUGAUGUAUCUCUCUUGCCUUGCUUUCCCCGACCCUCACAAACUUUUUCUAUCUGC